AUGUUGACUCCUUGCCAAACAUCAACACAUAAUGUACAUGAUAAAUGUAAGACAAAAAUUUUGACUCCUUGCCAAACAUCAACACAUAAUGUACAUGAUAAAUGUAAGACAAAAAAACUUGGUCGACCAUGUGGAAUACCUCUGGAAUAUCGAGAUCAAACAAGACGAUUGAAAAAACAAAAUUUAGAACGUCGUAGACGCGCAUGUAUUUCAGAUAAAAUGAAUGCUUUACAUAAUUUAGCUAUGAAUUUAAUUGGUAAAGAUCCUACACAAUAUCAUAAAAUUGAAAAAACUGAUAUUCUGAAUAUUUGUCAUAAUGUCUUUGAAAAAGUUGUCGCUAUUGUCAACGAACAACCAGAUAUACUUGAACGAGUACAUCAAUUACGCAAUAAAUUAGAUGAUAAAUUAAUUCCAGACCAUUCUUAUGCAUCAAAAAAUAAACAGAAUAUCUGUAAUGAUGAGAAUAAUGAUAGUAAUGAGAAAUCUCAUUUAAAUAACUAUAUUCCAUUUAAUCAUCCGUUGAAAAUGUAUUCACAUAAUAAUACUAAUGAUGAUGACAAUGAUGGACAAUGUAAUUCAUUGACUACUUUCAAUCCUAAUGAGAGUUCAUCUCCAUUGUCUAACCAAAAUUCUCUUCAAUAUUUCAAUAGAAAACUUCAUUCAACUCCCUUGACAUCAAUGAAAGUAUUGAAACCCUUAACAGAUAAUCAUCAUAUUAUUCAACCAAUAUUGAAUAUAUCAUAUUCACAAUCACUAGACAGUGGUAUUGAUGAUAUUGAGAAUACACAAUUAGAUGUUGCUUGUAAAUCACAAUCAAUAAAUUGUAUACAAUCACAACAAUUGUUAAAAAUGUCACAACGACUAUUUAAACAAAACAAUGAUACUAUUAAACAAUCAAUGGAGAAUGAAAUCUAUGAGCAAAUAGUUGAUUUGUCUUUUAAAAAACAAAAACACACAAAUAAUAUGGAAAUUCAUCAAACCAGAGAAGAAUCAAAAGUUUGGCGACCAUAUUUGGAUUGAUGAGUUUAAUUUUUUUCAUCGAUUACAAUCCAAACGAAUUACAUUCAACGGGAGAAAAAAAA